AUGCAAGACAACGAAAACUCGCCAGCUAAGAAACCACGCCAACCUUGCCAGGCCUGCAGAUCCCGCCAUCGGAAGUGCGACUGGGACCAAGACGAAUGUCGACAGUGCAGAAGCGCCAGCAUCAGAUGCGUGCGCCAGGCAUCGCUCAAGUUUCGCUUCCAUCCAAAGCAGAAGGUCUUAUCCCGCGCCUCUUCAAAACUGUGGCGUCCGUGUCCGCUACCACGUGGGCCAACAGAGUUUUACGAUGAGACGCCUGAGUUACGCGACAUGUACAGAGAUGAGACCCCCGUUCUGUCUGAACAUGAGAGAACACAGCGACUUUCGCCGCCUCGACGAUCCUUAAGUCGAAGCAUGUCAGCAGAAAUUGCAGCGCGAGACAGCGUGACCGACAGCGAUGUAGCUUCUCAGCCCAACGAAGAUACGAUAUUCUGGGAGCACCUACCCGACGAAGCCUCAACUUUAACAAACCUGGCAGAAGAAGGCACAUCCGUGAUCGAGAACUUGGAUCAUGACAUCAUGCCACUAAGUCCGGCCGAGGCACUCCUUAUCCGCAACUUCACCGACCACAUGGCUCAAUGGACCGAUAUUGCGGAUCCCUUCCGGACUUUUGAGACCCGUGUGUCGCAGCUGGCCUUUACAGAUCUUACAAUUCGAUAUGCCAUAUGUGCCUUUUCGGCCCGCCAUUUUCAUCGAUGUCGCGGUGAUGAGGACGGUGACAGUCAAGCCUUGGACUACCAGAAUCGAUGUCUGAGCCUACUUAUACCAUCCAUGACUGGCGACUAUCAAAUUACCGAGAAUAUUUUAACAGCUGUUGCUCUACUAAGACAAAAUGAGGAAAUGGACGAGGACGACAAUCGCUUCCAUUUAGAAGGUAUUUCUCGUAUUCUUAAUAUGAUUCCGGAAUAUUCGACUAUGGGAGGAGUUGCCGAAGCCGCGUGCUGGCUAUGCCUCCGGGAAGAUAUUUACGUCUCGUUAACGACGCAAACACCGAUCAAGACUGUGCUUGAUUGCUUUCCCAAAUCUGCAUCCAUCCUCCGCAACGACGAUUAUUCCUGGGCUAGUCAAUCAAUUCUCAAUCUCGCCUUGCUGCUCCAGAGUGCUUUCUGUAAGCCGAAGAAUGCUUCAGACAUGGCCCAUGCUGAAGCCCAGAUCUCAAAGUGGGAGGUAUCCAGACCAACAUCCUACAAACCCAUCUACUUUAAAGCCCGAUCCCGAGAGAAAGACUCAUGUUUUCCCGAGGUCUGGAUGCUGCUUCCCUACCAUGUUGUUGGAUUACAGUAUUAUCACAUAGCGCAGAUUGUUCUGAGCGCAAUAGGACCCCAAGAGAUAAUACACACAUAUAAAUCUCUGGCCGACAGCAGAGCGACUGCACGGAAAAUUCGGCAUCAUCUGUUCCUGGUAUUAGGUCUGGCUAUGUCGAAUGAGAGGGCGGAAAACACCUGGUUUACUGCAAGACACUGCUUGGCAGUCUGGGGGGCUUACAUAUACCACCCAACCGACCAAGCUGCUGUGCUUGACUUUCUGGAAAAGUGGCGUCAGCGCUCUGGUUGGGAAACCUCGGCGCUGGUAGAAUCUCUACAACGACAGUGGAGCGAAAACGAUAAUAAUGAUUAA